AUUUUCUUUGUUUAAUCAUCUUUGAUUUAAUUGUUUCCAAAAAAAAGAAAUCAUCUUUGAUUUAACCAAAUUCUUUAGUAAAAUGGGGCAACAACAGCUUAACGACGAGGUGCUAUUUCAGCAAGUGAAUCACAACGAUGUCAAAUGUAUCGAAUCCCUUUGCCAUGAAGAAGCAGGACUCGAGUGGGCUGAUAAAGAAGGAAGAACGCCAUUAAUCUUAGCUUGUGCAGAAGCAGAGCUAUAUGAUGUAGCAGAAACUCUUAAGGUUGCUAGGGCUAAAGGUUACAGCGAUACUGUACGCGCAAUCGAGAGUCGCAUCUGCUUGUUCUGUGGCUGGAUGCGUGAACUUCAUGGCCCCAGCUUUCUGGAAUUAUGUUCUCCUCAUCUUCUUUCAAGAAAAGUAUGGGUAGUUAUCUUACCAACUGGUUCUCGAAACCUUUCAGAGCCUUCGAAGUUGGAGUUAGUUGUGUAUGCUAGUCUUCAGGAUGCACAACUGAUGGUGAUGCCUUUGUGGAAAGCAAACUUGGAGGAGCCGAAAUCAGAUCAGUCUGAUGCUUCAGUGAUGAUUGUUUGUAACUCCUCAAGGCUCAAAAAGCAGAGAAGAAGGGGAUACAUUUCUCACGCUAGGCGUUGGGCUCAAGUCGAUAGGCAAAUGCAACUUAAGCUGGCAGCAGCAACCAAGGGCGACAUAAAACAGCUCAACUGGUUUUGUGAGGCAUGUAAAGGAAGUCCACAGCCAAUGGAUCCUCCAAUGUUUCUGAAAACAGCUGAAAAUAUCAUUUCCAAUGAGCUUACGCCAUCAGUUCCUCUACCGAGAGCCGUAACAGUGCAAACAGAAGACGGUUCUGUUCACUAUCCAUCAUUCUCGUGUGCAGACUAUGAGAGUAAAGGAAGUAGUGGUGGAGGAUCUGGAGUGUGUGUGAUUUGUGUGGAUGCGUCAUCGGAAGCAGCAUGUGUGCCAUGCGGACAUGUCGCUGGAUGCGUUUCUUGCUUGAAAGAGAUCAAAAACAAGAAAUGUCCUAUAUGUCGUGCCAGCAUUGAUCAGGUCAUUAAGUUAUAUCAUGUUUGAACAGAAAAAAAAAAAGAAGACAAAAUGGAUCAUUAUCUCCUUUAUGCCUCGAAGAUCCUCACCAUUUAUGUCCGCACCGGCUUUGUUCACGACUCAGUUAUCAAUUGUCUGUCUUUUUUUUUUUUGUUUCUUCCAAUUUUGUCUUUGGUUUUGUUAGUCUUGGGCUUUUAUUAUGUCUGCGUUUAUUAUGUCUGAACGACUUGUUUUUGUUUUAAUUUUAUUUAAGAAAUAUAAUUUUUAUAUUUGUGUGUUUG